AACUCACUCUAAAAACUUUCCUCUCAAAUGUCCAAUAUGUGAGCAAAGUUGUCCAUCUCAAUCUGCAAUGAAGGUCCAUAUAUUAUAUCACACUGGAGAGCGUCCCUUUAAAUGUUUGACAUGUGAGAAAACAUUUUUCCAACUAAACCAAGUAAAGAGUCAUUUGUUGAUACACUUUGGGAAGUCUCCUAUAUGUGGGGAAUCCAUUAAACUCCAAAGCCAUAUAGAGGAGCAUACGCAAAUUCAUACGAGACGCUAUAAGUGCACUACAUGUGAAAAAUCAUUUACUUUCAAAAGUGAUCUGAAGAGACAUACAUUUGUUCAUACAGGAGAGAGACCUUAUAAGUGCACUAUAUGUGAAAAAUCCUUUGCAAGAAUAGGCAAUAUGAAGACACACACAAUGGUCCAUACAGGUGAGAGACCUUAUAAGUGCACUGCAUGUGAAAAAUUAUUUACUUCCAGAAGUGAUCUGAAGAUACACACAUUUGUUCAUACAGGAGAGAGACCUUAUAAGUGCCCUAUAUGUGGAAAAUCCUUUACUUCCAAUAGUCAUAUGAAGAAACAUACAUUUGUUCAUACAGGGGAGAGACCUUAUAAGUGCUCUAUAUGCGAAAAAUCAUUUACUUCCAAAAGUGUUUUGAAGAAACAUACAUUUGUUCAUACAGGUGAGAGAUCAUAUAAGUGCACUACAUGUGGAAAAUCCUUUGCACAAAUAGGCAAUAUGAAGACACAUACAUUGGUUCAUACAGGGGAGAGACCUUAUAAGUGCUCUAUAUGUGGAAAAUCCUAUGCAAGAAUAGGCAGUAUGAAGAAACAUACAUUGGUUCAUACAGGGGAGAGACCUUAUAAGUGCUCUAUAUGUGAAAAAUCCUUUGCUUCCAAAAGUGAUCUGAAGUCACAUACAUUUGUUCAUACAGGAGAGAGAUCAUAUAAGUGCAUUACAUGUGAAAAAUCAUUUACUUUCAAAAGUGAUCUUAAGAAACAUACAUUUGUUCAUACAGGGGAGAGACCUUAUAAGUGCUCUACAUGUGGAAAAUCCUUUGCACAAAUGGGCAGUAUGAAGAAACAUACAUUGGUUCAUACAGGGGAGAGACCUUAUAAGUGCUCUACAUGUGGAAAAUCCUUUGCACGAAUGUGCACUAUGAAGACACAUACAUUGGUUCAUACAGGGGAGAGACCUUAUAAGUGCUCUACAUGUGGAAAAUCCUUUGUACGAAUAGACUAUAUGCAGAAACAUACAUUGGUUCAUACAGGAGAGAGACCUUAUAAGUGCUCUACAUGUGGCAAAUCCUUUGCACGAAUAGACUAUAUGAAGACACAUACAUUGGUCCAUACAAGGGGAGAGACCCUAUAAGUGCUCUACAUGUGGAAAAUCCUUUGCAAGAAUAGGCAGUAUGAAGAGACAUACAUUGUUUCAUACAGGAGAGAGACUUUACAAGUGUAAACUAGUGUAAUAUGUGUGAAAAAUCUUUUACUUUCAAAUGUGCCAUGAAGAAACAUACAUUGGUUCACAGGAGAGAAACCUCAAGAGUGUACCACAUUUAAAAAGUUGUUUGCAUUCAUAAGCUGCAUGAAGAAGCUUUUUAAAAAGGUUAUAUUGAAGUACUGACCCACCUCAUCAACCUGACUUAAAUUUAAAAUUGGCAAAAAAUUCAAAAACAAAAUUGUUAUCCAUUCAAAGUUUUAAAUCAAUUAAAAUAUUUCAUCAAAAUAUUCAACACCUCUCAUCUAGAAAAGAGUCUUUGGGAAUUGGAAUGGAGGAGAUAAAACCAAAUAUUGUUAUUUUGACUGAGCGUAAUAUGACUAAAGGUUGAGACAGUUAAAAGAAUUAAAACAGCAAAUUAUAUUGAUUUAAGAACUAAUAUAAAACAAUAGAAGAUUGAAGAAAGACAAGAGAAUUGGGAAAAUCCCCCAAGUUUAUUGAAAAAUACCUAAUAUUAUUCAUAUCAAGAUUUGACUGUGAGAUGAUUAAAUGUUAAAUGAGGGAUGUAGCCAGUCCUAUCAUGUAUCUGUUGUACAUUUAAUAAGUCCUACAAACUGGUACUAUAUAAAUUCAUACAAUUCCCUAUGGUUUGUUGUAAAUUUUGAUUAGGGACUGCUUAUGUGAUAUUCACAGUGAUAAAAAGUGUUAGAGUAAAAAUGUUAACUGACUCUAAAAACUUUCCUCUCAAAUGUCCAAUAUGUGAGCAAAGUUGUCCAUCUCAAUCUGCAAUGAAGGUCCAUAUAUUAUAUCACACCGGAGAGCGUCCCUUUAAAUGUUUGACAUGUGAGAAAACAUUUUUCCAACUAAACCAAGUAAAGAGUCAUUUGUUGAUACACUUUGGGAAGUCUCCUAUAUGUGGGGAAUCCAUUCAACUCCAAAGCCAUAUGAAGGAGCAUUCACAAAUUCAUACGAGACGCUAUAAGUGCACUACAUGUGGAAAAUCCU